AUGGGGUCCUCUUACAGAGUCAGCCUCGAGAGAUCCGAGGCUCGCGUGGAGGAGGCCAGUGCGGAGGAGGAGGCACAAAGGGCUGAGCGGCUUGGAGCCGCUUGGCUCCAACGCUAUCGGCGGAUCGAAGGAUCCAGUUUGCUGCCCUCCGUUGAGCCGCUGAAUGAGCUGCUCCUAAGCCUCGACUUCUUCGCGGACUUGCGGGAGGAGGAUAGCAGAGCCCUCUUGGCAGAGCCUAAGGAUGAAGAGGCCCAUACAAAAGUCGAGAGCUCAGUUGCAGAGGCUGAAGCAGGCGCAUCUAAUGGCGUCCUUCAAGAAGAGGAUCCAGAAGAGGAAGCGCUGCUGGAAGAAAGACAAUCCCAAAUCUCCCACGAGGCACAACCGGCUGGAGAGGGCGUUGCCGAGUCGUACCGCGAAAUUCAAAAAAGCCACCAUUUGCGGGCGAUUCCCACAGUCAUAAAAAACGAACGUCAAUAUGUGGGGUUCUUCUUGCCUCUUUUCCUCCAAGAGGCCAAGCAAGCGAUUGCAAGGGCCAUCAAACUCGACCUCGGGCCCCCUGAGGAGUUUGUACAGCUGAGCGGCGAGCCAAGCGGGCCGUUUCUCUCCUUGUUGUUGAGCCGUUCUGGAGGUGCGGCUGCGACUCCUGCCGCGGGGUGUAAGUACUGUCACGGGGACUUGGUGCUUCUCUACAUUCCGGCGUCUACUACUACUAUGACUACUCAAGAGACGGUUCAUGAUGACGGCUCUGCCAGCGCCUGUCCGCGUGCAGCUGCCACCGAGGGGCCGAUUGCAAGGGAGCGGCAAAAAGAGCAUUCGGUGGGGGCUGCUGGCGGAAGCGAAGGGGAAGAGGCUGAGAGGGAUGCCGCACUGGCAAGCGCUCGGCCCCUAAGAGUGCGAGACACAGACUGUCACGUCCUGGGUGUAGUCGCCCAGGGGCAGCACGAGACGGUAACUGUGAAGGUCUUGACGCCCUCGCUUGGUCACAUGCAGCAGUCUUCUCCGAUGCAUGCGGAUUGCAUGGGGAACGCGCACCUCUGCUCAGUCUACAGCCCUGUCACCGGCAGGCCGGAAGGCUAUUUGCUGCCUAGGGAUAAGCGGAGGAUGAUCCGUCUAGCCAAAGCCCUCAACGCGCAAAGCACCAGCUGGACCGUCCACCGCCUCAUGUCUCUCACGACGUUGCAUAGGGAGUUUCAGGGCCUCAUGGCGCUCCCCGAUAUCCCGUUGAAGGCGAGUCUUUUCCGUGUGCCAGCGGAGGGCGGGGCCCCCCCUCGGAAGUGCCUCGGAAACAAACUGAAGACACCCUUGCAUAACCCCCUGCUAGAGGGUGUCGAAGACGCCAAGGAAGCCUCAGAGUCUGCUCAAGUCGACGCCGAUGCGAGGCUUGCAGAUCCCCAGGUAGGCGCUGCCAUGCCCGAGGCUCCUGCGGAGCCUCCGGCAUCUCUCGACACCCAAAGGCCUUCUUCGGGGGCUUCAGGGGAGGCGCCAUACCCCGAGAGGCGGCUCGUCAUUCCAGAAUCCUUGCGGACGCGUCUCGAGAGCCUCUACAACGCCAGUCAGCUAGCCGCCCUCGAGGACUCGCUCAAGGUUGAAGGCGUCACGCUCAUUCAGGGGCCUCCUGGCACUGGCAAGACCUCCACCAUCGUUGGGGUGGUUUCUGUUAUCCUCCACGCGCAGCUUCAGGGGCAGCAGAUCUCGGAGCUCGCGCCGCAGGAAGGGGUGAAGGAAUCAAAAACGGAGGAAAGCGAGAGGCUGCGAGCCGCGGCGUCGAGGUCAUCUACUCGCACAAAGAGUUGCCCUUGGCUCCAACCGGGCUAUUUGGCGUGGAUGGAUGCAGACGAAGUCGCCCUGGAAGACCUGGAUUGCCAAUUGAUGCUGCAGCCUGCUGCAGUGCCGACGGAACCCCCUAUAUGUCUUGCGCGAAAGCGCCACGAGCUGCAGCCGGUCCGCAUCCUGGUGUGCGCGCCGUCAAACGCUGCUAUCGACGAAAUCGUGAAGCGGCUCACCGCAGAUCCAGAGGCAGGCGGCGGCAUCUUUGAUGGCAACGGCGAGCGCUUCUCACCUGCUGUGGUCCGUGUUGGUCCUAACGUCCAUCCGGAUCUACUGCAGCACAGUCUACAGUACAAGGCGCUGCAGCGUCUGAAGGCGAGAGGCGUCACGAAUUUUGCUGCUCUAGCCGCGGCAAAGGCUGACGUGUUGCGGGAAAGCGUUAUUGUGUGCGCCACAAUAUCCGUCUGCGGCUCAACAGAUUUGACUUCCCUCGCGGAGUGCUUCGACACGGUCGUCGUCGAUGAGGCCUCUCAGGCAGUGGAGCUGGCCACCCUCAUUCCCCUCCGUCUUGGCUGCCGGCGGCUAAUUCUGGUUGGCGAUCCAAAACAACUGCCGGCAACGAUUUUCUCGCGUGUGGCAAUUCAGCUGCGUUAUGAUCGGUCCCUGUUCCAGCGGCUGGAAGGUGCCGGUCAGUCUACGAAUAUGCUCAGUCAGCAGUACCGAAUGCAUCCGACCAUCUCGCGUUUUGCCUCGAUCGCCUUUUAUGAGGGUCUAUUGCGGGACGCUGCACACCUGCCCAGCGGCCUGUGGACGCCGUUCCCGUCAUGGCACCGCCUGCCUAUCCUGCAGCCCCUCGUCUUUUUCAAUAUUGACAGCGAGCACAUGGAGGAGCAUACGUCCCUCGUCAACUACGUCGAAGCAGACUUCGUGCGGCAGCUUGUGGACUUCCUCCGUCGCCUGCUCUGUUAAAGACUAUCUGCCAUUUGUGCUUCUGCUGCGGUGCGCUUUCUCCAGUUCUUGGCUUGCGGUCACUCCAAGUGGGAGCACCGCUUAGCGGUGAUCAGCCCGUAUGCUCAACAGGUGAUUCUCCUUCGGCGGACGAUAAAGGCCCUCCUGGGGAUAUCUGACGGCAAGUCCUGUCCAGUGGACGUCAACACUGUGGACGGCUUUCAGGGGCAAGAGAAGGACUUCAUAAUCUUUUCCGCGGUGCGCGGCAUCCGGAGCGACACGAAGGAGGCGAAGAAAGGCACUGUGGGCUUCCUAGGGGAUAUGAGGCGGCUCAACGUGGCGGUGACCAGGGGCCGAGUAAAUCUGUGGCUUGUGGGGAAUGGCUGUUUCUUGCGGAGAGACAAAACCUGGGCCCGGCUGUACGCAUAUGCCAAAGACCGUCAAGCCCUUAUUUCUCUAAGCCGCCGCAACGCGCAACAUUCGGCGAUCCUCACCAAAUGGGUUGUUAAGUAUUGCAAGACGCGCCACCACGAGCGAAAACUGCUCGAGGAGCAUGCUCCCCGCUUCCUUGCAGAUCUGACCGAAAGUCUAAAGGCGAUGAGGGAGCGCAAACAGAAGCGGGGCGCGAAAGAGGACGAGGACCAGGGUGACGAGCUGCAGACUGAAGGGCCUGUCAGCUGGGAGGUGCCGUUGGAGGACUCGGGUGUUGACGAGGGCACUAAAGUUGGGGAGAUGAGGACUUUUCACGAUGUCGUUGAUGAUGGAUGCCUUGAUGAAGUUGCAGUUCAUUUGCGAGACGAGGCCCUUAAGAACGCUGCAGAAACUGAGAAUCCGCAGGCACCAGAGAAGGCAGACGCUGUGACCCCCUCAACAUGA